ACUUCGGCGCGAAGUUCUUGACCUUGAUCGCACUCUCUUUGCAAAAAUGGCCUCGUCCUUGUGUAGGACUCUCCUGAGGAGUGUGAGAGACUCAAAGCGACUGAUACAUACGAGUGCGCCGGUAACGGCAAAAGCCAUUAAUCUUGGAGGCUCUCUCACGGAUCAUUUUAAAGGAAAUAAAGAAAUUGAGGGUCAAGUUCCAGACUGGGGAGGACAUGCUGUUGGACUAGAACGAUUUGAAAUUUUGUGCGAGAUGGAAGGAAAGGACCCAUUUGAAAAUAAAACAUAUAUUAAACAGCCAGGAUUUGGAACAAAAGCAAACCCACAUAUUGUACCAUCAGUGUUUGACAGACGUCUUGUAGGAUGUAUAUGUGAUGAAGACACUGCACAAAUGCAGUACUUCUGGCUAUACAAGGGUGAGCCCAAAAGGUGCUGGUGUGGCCAUUUCUUUCAAAUAAAGGAAAUUGAUGGUAGCGAAUUCCCAGAAUACCCCAGGGAAGAAUUAAUUUCCAUGGAGCAGGAUUAAUGCUAUUAGGUCAUUUAGAGCUUUUCAAAUAUACAUGAACUCUGAAGAAUAAGGGGUUUGGAUUUUUGUUUUGUUUGCAAAGAAAAAAGACAUGUUGUGUUGGAAAGAGAAAAUGGAGUCCACGACGUUGUAAUCAAUAAACAAGUCUUAAUUUA